AUGGCUACUACACACCGUGAGCAUCUUCCGGGCGCCUAUCCCGACUCCAACCCGGCCACCCCCAACGAGCAGGGCCAGGCGGCGCCGCUGAACCAGAGCUACAUCCAAGGCCACGACCAGCGAAACAAGCUUCACAAGUCCACCAACCCCCGCUCCCACAACUUUUCCGACUCCCGCCUUGGCAGCAUCGAGUCCCAACCCAUCGAGAACGAGUCCGAAAUCAGCCAGAGACACUUCUACGGAAACUCGUCAGGCGAAGCCGUUGGCGGCGGCUUCUACAACCACGGCAAUGAUCCGACCAUGUCCAACUCCCAGCACCCGCGUGUCUCCCAAGUCCCGCAGCGCACCCUCCCCAUGGAGGACACAGACCGAGAGGCCGCUUUUGGCGACCAACACGAAUACACCUUUUCCAAGCCCGUUCCGACCGACGCUCGCCAAGCUCCCGAACAGGGUUUCCGUCAAGUCGACUCCCGCCCCGAGGUUGACUCCCACCCCGACGUGGCUACCUCCAGCCAAGGCGCCGACGAGCAGCUUUCCAACAUCGGCGACAAGUCCAGCAACGACGACGCCACCUCGCGCACUAGCCACACCAGCGGUGCUGCCCCUUACUGGGGAGAUCUUCCCAAGGCCUCCCAAGGCGGUAUUUACAACACGGUCACCGGUCAUGGCAGUGCUCGGGAUGAUCAUGAUGAGCACCAUCACCUACCUCAAAACAGUCAAAGGUCAGCAGAAGACUCUGACAGCAGGUUACACAUUACGGGCCUCGGUACUGACGUUCCAAGUGGUGGCGUUUACAACACUGUCGCGGGCCAUGGAAGCAACGACGAGGAGAGCAGGCGUCAUCUGGAGGACAGCAACAACAACAACAAUAACCUUAAGGUGAAUAUUCCUGAGCCUGGUCAUGUCGGCGCACCUACUAUUAAAAGCACCGAUGCUGUCCUUGAUGCGCCGUUGGCUGCUGUCCCCGAGGACAAGACGUUGGCUUCUGACAGCUUCUCUCAGGUGCCCACUACAUCUGCUGGCUCCAACGCCCAGAACAGUGACGUCAAGGCCCAACGCGCUUUUCCCUUGGCUGCCAAGCACGCGACCACUGCUGACGUCGCUAUGGCCAAGGACGAUGCUGCCUCGUCUCCCAACCAGCACCCUUUGCGUCACAAGGAUGCGUUUGUUGCCGGCGCUGCUGGUCUUGGUGCGGGUGCCGCCGCCUCCCAUCUGGCCAAGAAGCACCAGGAUGAUGAGCUCCGCCAUAUUAAGGACAGGGACACCCAUCCUAGUGGUGCUGCCGCUGUCAGUCACAGAAGGAAGAGCCAGGAACUCAACGAGGCCGGCGUCAUCCCCAUUUCUGGCAGCACGUUGGAGAAAAUGAAGGCCAAGGAGGAGGAGAAGCCCCUUGGAGAAGAUACCCUCGAUGUUUGGGACAUCACCCCGGAGAACUUGCAAAAGCCCGCGACCCGCCACACUGCCCACGACGCGAAUGUCCAGAAGCCUGCUGCUGAGCACAGACUCGCAAAGGAGCCAUCGCCCGCUGAGAGCAGGCGCAGCGAGGACUCAUCCUCCAAGGGAGAGAAGAAGCACCGCGGUCUUCUCGGCAUCUUCCACCGCCACAAGGACGACAAGGAAGAGCACACCACCACCACUGAGCCUCCCAAGAGUCCCAAAGACAAGGGCCACAACAAGUUGGCGAAGAAGGAUGCUGCUUUGGCCGGCACUGGAGCUGCUGCUGGCUACGGUCUUGCCCACCACCACAAGAAGGACGACAAGGACGCCGCCAACCAGAACCAGCGCAAGUCUUUCUCUGGACCUUCUGCCAACCAGCCUACCGAACUGGACCAGAAGCGCAGGGCUUCCGAGGCCGCUCCUAUUUCCCACCGCCGAAACGCCAGCGACCCUCAGAGCUCAAUCCCCCCUGUUCCUGCAGUCGGCGUUGUGUCUACUGGCGCUCCUUCCCAUGGCAUUUCCCAGGCUCAGCGUGAACAUGCCCCUGCUAGCAAGAUCCCCGUCGCCGCGGAUCACAGCACUCAGGACAGGCUGAACAGCAACACGGCCCGUGCUGGCAUGGCUGGUGCCACUCUUGCCGGCGUCGCUGGUGGCAUCGGUGCUGCCAAGUACGCUUCUGCCCAAGAUGACAAGGAGACCGUCCAUCCUAAGCAAGACGUUUCUCACGUUGCCAGUGGCGUCGGUGCUCCCGCUGCUGCCGGUACCGGCCCUGUGACUUCGGGCGGCUUGUAUCACACUGAGAAACCUCGCCAGGCUCCUGCUGAUCUUGAGCAUCCUAGACAUGCGCCUUCUCCCCCAACUCAGCAUGCUGCUGACUUCAGUGCUAACCCUUCCGGAGUGAAGCCCAAUGAGAAGCUCGCCAGGAACACUGCCCAGGAACCCGGCUACAACAUCCUCAUGUCCGGUACUCCCUCCGGUGCUCAGCCCAUGUCCACCCAUGUCCAUGGCGGCAAGCACGCGAAGACUGCCAAUGAGCCUGGCAACUACAACAAGCUCGCGUCCGGUACUCCUUCGGGCCCCGGCGACUACAACCACCUCAACACGGGAACUCCUUCCGGCGUUGCCAUGAACACUGCGAACGUAGGCCGUGCCCGUUCUGAGGAUCAGCCCCGCACUGCCCAGCAGCCAGGUAACCACAAGCAUCUCGCUACCGGCACUCCCUCCGGCGUCAUCGCCGGCGCCACUUCUCAGCCUUCCGCUCGCCGUGCCUCCGAGGGCGUCAAGCGCAACGCUCCCGCCGCCGGCAGGAACGAUUCUGAAGAAGGUCCCUACAACGUCCUCGCAUCCGGCACUCCCUCGGGCGUCAAGAUCUCUCCCCACCACUCCCGCCAUGGCUCUCGCUCGACCGGCCCGGCCGAGAUGACCGAGCCCGUCACCCACGCCGACAGCCAGGACAAGGACGGCAUCUACCGCACCCUCGCCUCUGGCACUGCCACCGGUGUGAACGUUGCCGCCAUGCACGAAAACCGUGACAAGGCCAAGGAUGAUAUCAAGGACGAGAUCCACGAGCAGAGCACCAUGAACACUCCGUCUGCCAAGGCCGGUGCCAACCAGCGCGGUCUCCCCCCUGCCGAGUCGCAGCCGAUCGCUGCUCUGCCCCCAGCUGAGUCGCAGCCCAUCGCUGCCCUCCCGCCAGCUGAGUCUCAGUCCGGUCACUCCGCCAUCCUCCUCCCUGCCCCCGAGCACCACCAGAACCAGAACCAGAACCAGGUCGCCGACCUAUCUGCCACACCCACGCAGAGGCGCACCCAAGACCAAUACAAGCCCGUCCUCUCCGCCGAGCCUCCCCAGCACUUCAUGUCCCCCGAAGUGAUGCCAGACGCUUACACCACCUCCGUUCCCGGCCGCAACUCCGGUGCCGGAUCCGGUCCCGCUGUCGCCCCUGCGAGCACGGAGCCUAUGUGCGCUAAGCACAUGAGUCCGAAUGUGAUGCCAGACGCCUACACCGCGUCCGCCCCGGGCCACUCGGGCGCUGAGAAGCUGAACAGCAUCCCCGAGUCGACCACUGGCCGUGCCUACCCCGCUGCUGCCCAGCCGGAGGGCGUGAAGCAUAUGUCUCCUGAGGAGAUGCCGAGCGCUUAUACUACCUCUGCGCCGGGACAUUCUGGUGCUGAGAAGCUCGCUGAGCCUGAGACCAUGGCUCCGCGCUCCGCCAUCAACCCCGCGCUGGCGGCGGCUAGUGGGGCUUGGGCUGCUUCCAAUGUUGGGAGUGGACAGAAGGGCUUGAAUGAAAGUGCUUCUGGUAAGCAACAGCGCAUUCACAAGCCGGUGCUUCACAAGUGCCAGCAUUGCGGAAAAGAUAAUGACGUUAGUGGUGUUUUGGAAACAGCUUUGAAGGGUGAGAGUGAGAGUGGUCGUCAGUACUAA